AUGGGUGAAGAACUUACAUCACCAUACUCGCAUGGCUCACCAAGCUUAGAGACAUCUCUUAUGGUUCAGUUGGCAAGAAAGAUUACCGAAGAGACGGAAAAGCUUGACAACUAUUUCAAGAGCAACGACCUUCCGGAUUUGGGAUUUGACGUCGAUGCCCCUGAUGAUCUUCCCAAGCUGCCAGAAGACAUACAGAAAUGCCGUCUGGAAAUUUCAUCGGCAACAAAGCAGCUGGAACUCCUUGUGAGAGGACCCAGAGAGACUGUCAGAUGGGGUAUAUGGAGCAUUCUCAAUAAUUUCAAGAUAUACGAUCUUGUCCCGCUGGAUGGAAGCAUUUCACUGAGUGAUCUUCAGAGUGCAACGACAUUGGAUCCUGUGAACUUGGCGCGUUCUCUCCGCCAUGCUAUGACAAACAAGAUCUUUCAGGAACCCAUGCCAGGUUUUAUAUCACACACUGCUGCCUCCAAAGUUCUGGCUGAGGACGCCAACCUCCAAGCUUGGGUGGGAUUGAACGGGGAAGACUUCUUUCCUGCCGGAGCGCACACUCUGGAAGCUCUCCGCGCUGAUCCAGCGGCUACCUCACUCACACGGACCGGCUUCAAUCAUGCUUGGGGAACAGUCGAUAAGGAACCCAUGUUUGCAACCUUCGCCAAGGAUCCUCUGCGAGGAAAACGAUUCGCUGUGGCUAUGGCAAGCUUGACUGGUGGAGAGGGCUACGAAAUUGGAUAUUUCAUCGAAAACUAUGACUUCUCCGAAGUGAACAACAACGAAGGGACAUUCGUAGACGUUGGUGGCAGCCAUGGGUUCGUGUGCGUUGAUCUGGCUAGGAAAUGGGACAAGAUGAAAUUCGUGGUGCAGGAUUUACCAAAGACCAUCAGCAGUGCUCCGAAUCCCAUAUGCGAAGAUGAAGGCGUGACACAGCGUAUAUCCCUUCAAGCUCACGACUUCUUCACACAACAACCCAUCAAGGGCGCUGAUAUUUUCUACUUUAGAUGGAUAUUUCAUAAUCUGGCCUCUCACUAUGCUAUAACGAUUCUGAAGAACCUUAUUCCAGCUCUUAAACCGGGUGCUCGCGUACUCAUCAAUGAUCAUUGUCUACGCGAACCUGGGGUUGAGAACAGCUGGGAUGAGAAGCUCAUGCGGAGCAUGGAUCUUUUAAUGCUGACUCUUCUGAACUCCCAAGAGCGAACAGAAAAGGAGUUCGAGGAGCUUUUCAAGGCUGCUGAUGAACGAUUUGUCUUCAAGGUAUGCCGUGUGUGUCUCGAUUAG